UCGUUGCUUUGGCGACCCAACCUGGCCAUCUGGGACAUACACAUGGCCCCAUUUUCGCACGUAUGGUUCUCGUGGGCCGCUCUCGUGGCUGUGGGAGAUGCCUCAUUCGGAGACCGGAGCUGGCUGUACAUCGACUGCCUCGACAAUUGCGUGGACAAGCUCUGCGGGAUUAAAUACGUCCGCGAGGACCAGGACCCGGAGCUGAAGUCAUCAGAGGUGGCGCGGCGGGAUCGCCUCCGCCGCCGGCUGGACGAACACCUGACCCAGCUCCAAACUCUGCAACAACAACAAAAAGAGGAACAGCAGCAGCGGAGUGGGCCAACGACCGCAGCGGAAAAGACGGGUGCCUCUGGGCUUCGGCGACGGCUCGAGGAAGGUGCUGGAGAAGCUAGUAGGGAGGGGCGAGGGACAGCUCAUAGAGACCACCUCCCCCAACGGCAGCCCCCCGCGGGUAGCGGGGCCGCAGCGGUAGGCUUCGGUAACGGUAGCGGUAGCGGCGGAGACGGGGCCGAGGAGGGCGUAGGCGCCCUCGGCGGUGGAGCGGAAUGGGCGGACGGCGGCCGAAGAGCGUUGUCGGCGGUGCAAGACGCGACGGGGGGGGAGGGCAAGGCAGGGGCGGUGGGCGGGUCUAGCGCUGCGUCUGUCGCGGUGGUGGACAGGUAUGUCCACAACCCGCCGUGGCAUCUGCGGGUGAUGGGCUGGGAUUGCGAGUCGGAGUGCAAGCACACGUGCAUGAACCUGCACGUGGAAUCGAGGCUCGCGGCUGGGGGAGACAUCUGGCAGUACUACGGGAAGUGGCCUUUCAGACGGGUGUGGGGUAUCCAGGAGCUGUUUUCUUCCCUCUUCUCCGCCGGUAACGGCCUCCCUCAUCUGUACCACCUCCUGCUUUCUCCCGGUCAAUACAAUCCGCCGGGUAACUACAUGCGGUUCUGGCUGACGGUGUACCCGUGGGUGGGGAUGAACACGUGGCUUUGGUCGGCGGUGUUUCAUGCGAGGGAUGUGCCUUGGACGGAAGCGGCCGACUAUUUCUUCGCCCUCAUGAACAUCUUCUUCGUCGUGUGGGUAGCGUUUGUGCGGUUGGCAGGCCCCCCCAGGAAUCGAAGUCACCGGUUACGCAAGCUGGUGCCCACGGUAGGCGUGUCGAUGGCUGUGUACUACCUGCUGCACAUUUCCUACAUGACGUUCUUCACGUUCGACUACGGCUACAACAUGAGGGUGGCCUUGCUGGCCGGAGUGGCGCACACCGCGCUGUGGCUGCGGUACCAGUACCUCAUACGAGAUAGGCCCUACGCGAGGCGGGGCGCGGUGGUCAUCAUCCUCCUCAACGCGGCGAUCUUGCUCGAGGUGAACGACUUCCCCCCCCUGUUCCGCCUGCUCGACGCUCACGCCAUCUGGCACUUCGCGACGAUCCCGCUCAUGUUCCACUGGUACCACUUCGUGAUCCAGGACGCGAGACACGAGGUCACUCUGUCUACGAAAGAAACCUGA